AAUCAGCUACUACUGUUGAUACUCAUGAUAAGAGGGAAAUGUUCCUCAACACUAUACAACAACUAGAUCAGGUACGAUCAGAUUUCGAUGAGUUAACUCAUUUAGGAUGCAAAAUGUGCCUACACCAGGUGAAGAUACAAUAUCUGAGCCCAGCAUUAGCUGGAUUGGAUAAUAUUAAUUAUGAUAUUGAUGAAGAUGGGUAUAACGAUUAUCAAAUCAAUGAUCCAUUUGCUCAACACUUCAUUAACGAGACAGAUAUUGUUAUACGAUUCUUAACAUUGAUAUUAACACAAUCAUGUAUGAAUAUUAUCAUUGCUUUAUUGGUUGAUCAACUUACUACUCGUAUGGAGAAGUUCGUAUUAUCAUCAUCUCAUAAGGAAUGGUAUAAUGAAGGAGAAUUCCAUCAUUACUUUUCGAUGCUCGGAGCAAUACAAUUCGAUCAAGAUAUUAGACGUCUCCUCAACUACUUUACUUCAAUAUCAGAUUUACCAAUACGACGUAAAUUCAGCCGAUUAUUGGAUAUGUGUACUCUACUGAGUUUAGAAUCUUUGGAUGAAUUUCAUGAUCUAUAUUCCUCUACUGCUACUACUAAUAGUAGUAGUGGUAUGCUACAUCAUCAACAACAGCAACAAUCAUCAUCAUCAUUUCGAUUAUCAAAGGAUGAGAUUAAGAAAAUACUGUUCAUACGGAGAUUUCCUAAACAUGAGAUAGAUGCUCUUCUUCGUGAUUAUCAUUAUAGUAAUAAUUACACUCGCAAUAAUACUAUUAUAACAUCAUUACCA